CGUCCAUCUGUUGAUCGCAAUUGUGAUUAAUCUGAUCCCUAAAUGAGCCAAACAAGUGUCACAAAUGGCUAAGACAUGGACACACGUGUUGGUGACAGUUGGCAGCACUGGCUUUGAUAAGCUCUUGGAUCAGAUAAGUGAUGUGAAUACUCUUGGGUUGUUGUCAUCGUUUGGUUGCACUCAUCUGACCAUUCAAUACGGAUCGUCCGGUUGUCCGCCAAUCCAUUCAAAUCCAUUCAAUAUUACUGUUAAUGCCUUUGACUACAAGACUAGU